UAAUUGGAUACUGUGAUGAAGGUUCAAGGAUGGUGCUCAUUUACGAGCAUAUGGCUAAGGGGAACUUAAAAGAGUAUUUAUCAGGCAAAAAAGAAACUGUCUUGAGUUGGGAACAAAGGCUUCGAAUAGCAAUUAACACGGCACAAGCUUUGGAAUAUUUACACGAUGGUUGCAAUCCGCCCAUAAUCCAUAGAGAUGUUAAAACUGAAAAUAUCUUAUUGAAUGAAAAAAUUCAAGCCAAAGUUGCAGCUUUUGGGUGGUCUAGAAGUAUGCCCUCUGAAGGUGGAAGCUAUGUAUCAACUGCAAUUGUUGGCACACCGGGGUACAUCGACCCCGAGUACGACAAAACCUCAGUACCAAGUAAGAAAACUGAUAUUUAUAGCUUUGGGAUUGUUUUAUUGGAGCUUAUUUCGGGUCGACCUGCAAUCAUAAAGAUCACAAAAGAGAGCCCAUGUAACAUAGCAGAUUGGGUUCACCUAGUCACUGCAAAAGGUGAUAUAAAAAUGAUCGUAGAUCCAAGGUUACAAGGAGAAUUUGACCCCAAUUCUGCCCAGAGAGCUGUAGAGACAGCAAUGUAUUGUGUCCCAGUCAGCUCCAUAGAUAGGCCAACCAUGAGUUAUGUAGUAGUGGAAUUGAAAGAAUGUCUGAAAAUAGCCAUCGCCCAUGAAAGAACUGACAACGCAGAAGAGGACCAGGGUCCUGUUAGUAUUGAAACUGUCCAGGCAAGAACUGACAAUGUGGAAGAGGAUCAUGAUCCUUUUGGUAGUGAAACUGCCCAUGAAAGAACUGAUGAUGCAGAAGAGGACCAUGGUCCUCUUGCUGUUGAAGCUGUCCAUGAAGUAACUGACAAUGCUAAAGAGGACCAGGGUCCUGUUGGUAUCGAAGCUGCACAUGAAAGAACUGUCAAUGUGGAAGAGAACCAUGGUCCUGUUGGUAUUGAAGCUGCCUAUAAAAGAACUGAUGAUGCAGAAGAGGACCAUGGUCCUGCUGCUAUUCAAGCCACCCAAGAAAGAACCGACAAUGUGGAAGAGAACCAUGGUCCUGUUGGUAUUGAAGCUGCCCAUGAACGGAUUGAUGAUGCAGAAGAGGACCGUGGUCCUGUUGCUAUUGAAGCUACCCAAGAAAGAACUGACAAUGUGGAAGAGAACCAUGAUCCUGUUGGUAUUGAAGCUGCCCAUGAAAGAACUGAAAAUGUGGAAGAGGACCAAGGUCCUCUUGGUAUUAAAUCUGCAAUGGCUAUCCAAGAAAGUACAAACUCAUAUGAGGAGGCCAAGGAAAAGGAGGAGAAGAAUAUUGUUGUUCCAGCAGUUGCAUCAAUUACUUCAUUUGUAGUCCCAUCAGACAUUGUUGUCAAACCUAACGAGGAUGAUAAAACAUUUGAGCCAAAGAACCAACACCUUACUUAUUUUGAGGUUGAAAGAAUCACUGACAAUUUCCAAAAGGAGCUUGGAAGAGGAGCAUCAUCAAUAGUUUAUCAUGGUCAUUUAAGUAAUGGCACUGAAGUUGCAGUCAAGAAGCUGUCACCUUCAUCAAUUCUAGGGUCAAAGCAAUUCAAAACUGAGGCUCAGCUUUUGACACGAGUUCAUCAUAAAAACUUGGUUUCUCUAUUUGGAUACUGUGAUGAAGGUUCAAACAUGGUGCUCAUUUAUGAGUAUAUGGCAAAGGGGAAUGUAAAAGCAUAUUUAUCAGGUAAAACAGAAGCUGUCCUGAGUUGGGAACAAAGACUUCAAAUAGCAAUUGAUGCAGCACAAGCACUGGAAUAUUUACACAAUGGUUGCAACCCACCCAUAAUCCAUAGAGAUAUCAAAACUGAAAACAUCCUAUUGAAUGAAAAAUUGCAAGCGAAAGUGGCAGAUUUUGGUUGGUCUAAAAGUAUGCCUGCUGAAGGUGGAAGCUAUGUAUUAACUGCAAUUGUUGGCACACCUGGCUACCUCGACCCUGAAUAUCACAGAAGCUCAGUGCCAAAUGAGAAAACCGAUGUUUAUAGCUUUGGGAUUGUUUUGUUGGAGCUUAUUUCAGGUAGGCCUGCAAUCAUAAAGAUAACAAAAGAGAACCUAUGUAACAUAACAAAUUGGGUCCACCACAUCAUUGCAAAAGGGGAUAUAAGAAUGAUUGUAGAUCCAAGGUUACAAGGAGAAUUUGAGACCAAUUCUGCCAGGAGAACUAUAGAGACAGCAAUGUCCUGUGUAUCAUUCAGCUCCACUGAGAGGCCUACUAUGAGCGACAUAGUAGUAGAAUUAAGAGAAUGUCUAAAAAUAGCGAUGGCCCAUGAAAGAACUAACAAUUUGGAAGAGGACCAUGAUUCUGCUGGUAUUGAAGCUGCAAUGACUGCUGAAGAAAGUUUGGACGGAAAUCCGGAUUUCCAUAAGACAGACUCGUAUGAGAAGGCUAAGGAGAAGGAGGAGGAGAAAAAGAAUUUUGUUGGUCCAGCAGGUAGAUCAAUUACUUCAGUUUUAGACCCCUCUGGUGCAUUAAACAACUUGGGAAGAUCUAAAAAGAAAUUGCCACAUGCUAAAGAUAUGAAUAACUCCAAGGUUGCAAGAAUCACUUAUGAAAUUGGAUAUGGAGCAUCUGUGCCCGGUUUACCUUGGUCAUUUUCGCAAUCGUAUUGAGUUGGCUGUCAAGAAGCUUUCAGCUUUAAAUAGAGGAUUCAGGAAAUUUCAGACAGAGGCUGAGCUGUUGACAAGAGUUCACCAUAAAAACUUGGUUUCUCCGCUUGGAUACCAUUUUGAAAGUUCAAGCAUGACACUCAUUUAUGAGUAUAUGGGGCCGGGGAG